AACUUGGCGAUACCACUCUUGAGAGAAACACGCGCACACACUCAAUAUUUACUUACUUUUACUAUUUAAUUACCAUUAUAGUGGGAGGAGAGAUAGGAAAGUGGAAAACAAAGACAAACAAGAAUCAAAACAAAUAGGAACAGAGAGAGAGAGAGAGAGAGAGAGGUCUCUUGCAUCCUUCCCCUUCCCCUUCUCCACCUCCCUCAACCGCCAUCUCGCAUCUCCUUCUCCUUCCUUCCUUUGAGAUUGAUUCUUGAUCAUUAAUAGCAUCUAUCUCUUGUCCAGUCUGCACUAGUAAUAAUAGAUAGGGGGAGAGAAGGGGGGGUGAGAUAUGACAGGGUCAGGUUCAUUGUCAUCUCCGCUCUGCACGUGGAUUGUCGCGGCGUGCAUGUCGGUCACGUGCGCUAACGAAAGCAAGCACGCUCUGUCUCCACCAUCCUCGACUACUGGUAAUAGAAGUCGCAGGCGGAAGGCUGCUGCUGCUUUGAAAUGCAAUAGCAACAACAAGUACAACAACUACGGCAGCGGUAUGGGUGGAGGAGGACCGAGCCUGCAAGGAUUAGUGAGCUCUUGUUUGGCCUUUGAACCUUGUAGUCAUUACUACGCUUCUAAUGGACUCCUGAGAUCCAAUCGCAAACUAAGACGACUCCAUCCUCCCGCUCUUUCCGGGCAAGCCAUGGCUGUAGCUGUGCAACCUACAAAGGAAGUUGAGACAAAAAAGAAACCACAUACAAAGCAAAAGCGAGUAGUUGUGACAGGGUUGGGUGUGGUGUCACCUCUUGGUCAUGAACCAGAUGUCUUCUACAACAAUCUUCUUGAAGGUGUCAGUGGCGUAUCUCAGAUAGAGGCUUUUGACUGUGCUCAAUUUUCCACGAGAAUUGCUGGAGAAAUCAAGUCUAUCUCGACUGAUGGAUGGGUUUCACCAAAACUGGCUAAGAGAAUGGAUAAAUUCAUGCUUUAUAUGCUUAUUGCUGGUAAAAAAGCUUUGGCAGAUGGUGGGAUUACUGAGGAUGUGAUGGAUGAGUUAAAUAAAGCUAAGUGUGGAGUUUUGAUUGGCUCAGCAAUGGGUGGGAUGAAGGUUUUCAAUGAUGCAAUUGAAGCUUUAAGGAUCUCAUACAAGAAGAUGAAUCCUUUCUGUGUUCCUUUUGCAACAACAAAUAUGGGUUCUGCCAUGCUUGCAAUGGAUCUGGGAUGGAUGGGGCCAAAUUAUUCAAUUUCCACUGCUUGUGCUACUGGCAACUUUUGUAUUUUGAAUGCAGCGAACCACAUCAUUAGAGGUGAAGCUGAUGUUAUGCUUUGUGGUGGCUCAGAUUCAGCAAUUAUUCCCAUUGGAUUGGGGGGUUUUAUGGCAUGCAGAGCACUUUCGCAGAGGAAUGAUGAUCCGACAAAAGCUUCACGACCUUGGGAUAUGAAUCGGGAUGGAUUUGUCAUGGGGGAAGGGGCUGGUGUUCUGCUUCUAGAAGAAUUAGAACAUGCUAAGAAAAGAGGUGCCAAUAUCUAUGCAGAGUUUCUUGGAGGGAGCUUUACUUGUGAUGCUUAUCACAUGACUGAGCCACGUCCUGAUGGGGCUGGUGUCAUUCUCUGCGUAGAAAAGGCAUUAGCACAGUCUGGGGUAGCUAAAGAGGAUGUGAAUUACAUAAAUGCACAUGCUACAUCCACACCAGCAGGAGACCUCAAAGAGUAUAAUGCUCUCAUGCAUUGUUUUGGCCGUAACUCUGGUUUGAGGGUGAACUCGACCAAAUCUAUGAUUGGUCACUUACUGGGAGCAUCUGGUGCAGUGGAAGCCAUUGCUGCAGUACAGGCAAUACGGACAGGAUGGGUUCAUCCAAAUAUCAAUCUAGAAAAUCCAGACCAAGGCAUGGACACGAGUGUAUUAGUGGGCCCAAAGAAAGAGAGACUAGACAUCAAGGCUGCACUGUCUAAUUCGUUUGGGUUUGGUGGCCACAACUCAUCGAUCAUUUUUGCCCCAUUCAAGUGAAAUAGAGCUUCUCCAAGAGUGUACUGGAAUCCUCACUGUAUCCUGUUUUCUGCUGAGCUUGCUGAAGCUCAGUUGACCUUUGAAAUGUAACUAGUUGGACAUCUGAUAUCUCGAGGAUAGAUUGAUCAGAUGGCUAUUUGCCCGCGAAGGGAGAAUAGUCAGAUUUCACCAGGUGGCGACUGGAAAUACUCUUUUUUUGAUUCUGUUGUUUUUAUAAUCCUCUCUCAUAAAUAGCCACAGUGGGCCUUGAUCUGCUUGUGAGCCAUCAAUCAACGAUCAGAAGUGGCCUUGUUUACUUUUUGUUCCGUGUACCAAAAGGAUAGCUGUAAGGGUAUUGCAUUAGUGGUCAGUUGUAAUGAAUUUUUGAGCUAACAAUUUGCUGCUUUACCGUAGCAUAGCGGUGGUUUAUGUGCAUGCUUCUGUUUUGUUUCUCUC